AUGGAUGUCUGCCGGACAAUAACUUAUGUUUUAUUACUGUCUUCCACUGGAGACAGCAGUUCUCCAUCUCUGAGAAAACACAAAGAUAGACACCCAGAAAUUCUCAAACCUAUCAAGAGCAAUAGUUCUUCUGGCUGCUCUCUCCUCAAGGUUUCUAACCAGGAUGUUUCUCUGGUUAGGUGCAAGACUACCCCACAAUGGGCUGCAGUAACACUUUGGGUUGAGAGUACCCAACUGUUAGGUUGUCCUUGGGGGGAAGGGCGUGGGAUGGUGUUGCCACCAACAACCGGCUGCAAACAGUUCACAUCAGGAGGGUUAUCUCAGACGGGCUGUUCAGUGGCGGCCUCACUGCCCUCAAACCUGGCCUCAAACCUGGCCUCAAGCUGGACAUAUGCUGUCUCCAGCAUCACCAGUCAAAGGUUUAAUUGCACAAUGUCGAGCAAUGACAUUUUUAGAACUGUAAAGAAGAUGUAA